UUAUAGUAAUCGAAGAAAAAAAAUAGAAAAAGAAAAAGGAAACUCGACAGGCGUCGUAUGGUUUGCUGGUGUUACUAUACCGGGCCGGGCUUUCGAUUGGUUCUCAGCGAGACCUGGAAAACUUUGUUAUUACGACGUCGUUUCGCUCUGCAGCAUCGGGCGAAACCCUUUCUUCAUUCAGCAGUUCAUCUUAUCGUACAACCAAUCACUCGGACCAAUUCUCCUGAGAUGGAAACAGCAGUGGAGUCGCUGCAGAAUGACGAAAGCACCGCCACCGCCGCCGCCGCCACAGAGCAGACCAUGUCGAAAAACGCCAAGAAGCGGCUGCUCAAGCAGCAGCGGUACGAGGCGAAGAAGGCGGAGAAGAAGGCUCAGAUGAAGGAGCACAAGAAGAAGGAAGCCGAGCGCAAGCGGAAGGAAUGGGACGAGAAACUGGCGAAUUUGAGCGAGGAGGAGAAGGAAAAGCUGAUUCAGGGGAGGAAAGAGAUGAGGAAAGAGCGUAUGGAGCAGAGGAAUGUCGAAAAGGGGAUGAAAAUGGAGAGGCUGAACGAAGCGAGAAUCAGUGGCCAGAAUAUUGUUAUCGAUCUCGAAUUCGCCCAUCUCAUGAGCCCUUCGGAACUGCAUAGCCUCGUUCAACAGGUUAUGUAUUGCUAUGCGAUAAACGGAAGAUGUGACUUGCCGGCCCAUCUCUGGCUGACAGGCUGUCAGGGAGAAAUGCACAGUCAGCUUCUAAGGAUCCCGGGAUAUGAUAAGUGGGUAAUGGAGAAGGAGGAUGGAUCCUAUAUAGAAGCUUUUCAAGAUCAGAAAGAAAAGUUGGUGUACCUCACAGCCGACUCUGAAAACGUUCUGGAUGAACUCGAUCCAAAAGCUAUAUAUAUCAUUGGCGGUUUGGUGGACAGGAACCGUUGGAAAGGCAUUACGAUGAAGAAAGCCGAAGAGCAAGGGAUUAAAACUGCCAAACUGCCAAUUGGAACUUACCUAAAGAUGUCCAGUUCUCAGGUACUUACUGUGAAUCAAGUUGUCGAGAUACUGCUAAAGUACUUGGAAACAAGAGACUGGAAAGAUGCAUUUUUUCAGGUGAUUCCUCAAAGGAAAAGAUGUGAAGCUGAAGGCAAUGACAAAAAAGAUGAGAGGGAAGGUGGUGGUGUUAGUGAAGAGGAUGAUGAACAAAUGUGUGGAGGGCAAGAAGAGGCAGAUAGUGAAGAUGGUCAAAAUGUAGCAGCAGGGGUAAAAGUGGAAGACUGUGUAGAGAUAGAUGGUCAAAAGACAAAAAGGCAGUGCACUGAAACAACACAGAUUUGACCUUAAUUUUUUUUCGAUAAACAAAUUUUGUUUAAAGUUGCUAACUUUGGUCCAAACUUCUGAUGAACUGAUCAAUUCAUCAUGAUUUGCGUUUUACGUA